AUGCCUCCAGAUACUAGCCUACCAGGCAGUGAUGACAUCUUGGAAGGCCUGCCGCCAACAACGCACAGGUAUCCAUACAAGGGAAGCGAGCAAUUCCUGGACACCAUGCUGCGGGAACAUGAUCGCUGCCUAGAAGGGGAAGGCAGUGAAUACGUGGUUUUUACCAACGUGGACGAACGCACCUUCCUCCAGGAUCUCUCCGAAUCCAGUGAGAAGCUCAUCCGCAAUUCCUUGAAAUCCUACUGCUCAGAAUCACAAAUUCUAAUUGCGAGAAUGGUCUCCGGUCCCCACGAAGAGGCCGUUUUCGCCUUUCACGAUCAGCUGAGAGACAAGCUGGAGCCCAUGCAUCUGGGGCAUUCUCUGCACAGAUUCGGGCGCAAGACCACCCAUGAAGGCCCGAGAACAAAGGAGGCCGACCACGGCCUGUACCCACGGCGUCUUCCCGCUGGACGCACCGACAAGUGGCCCUCGAUCGCUAUAGAAGUUGGUUACGCAGAGUCUAAAGGCAAACUUCGGAAUGAUCUCCGCUGGUGGCUCUCUCAGUCAAGCGGAGAGGUCAAAGCCGCGAUCAGCAUCUCCACCCACAAAUCGAAAAGAGAGAUCGUCAUCGAGAUCUGGGCAAUGACAGACACCUCAUCUGGCACCAAACCUACCCUCCAGCAACGGCUGGUCAUUUCGAAGCCUACGGCCGAUGGCACCACCGAUGUGACGAAUGCGCCUCUCACCGUCCCAUUCGAAAGCCUAUUCCUUCGCGCCACAGACCGAUCGGAGGAAGGUGAUAUUCAGAUGACGGAGGAUGAUUUGCGACAGAUGGCGGAAGAAAUCUGGGAAACCCAGACAUUUUAG